CAAGUGUUUCCAACGUCGCCCGCAGCGCCCACUAGUGAGGCCGUGCCUUUGUGAUAAGACGGCUGUCCAGUACGUAUACAGCGACGAACACAGACGGACGCUGGCGUCUGCAUGAACUGUUUCUUGCAGGACCUCCAUUGCGACUCACGAACCCAAAAUGAGGCAUCCGCCUGCGUUCACCGGCAGCUUACUUCUACACUGCUUCGUCACCGGGAUUUUCGUUGCGGGUGAGGCGACUGAGUGCCGAUGGGCGUACGCAGUUCCCGAACUCGGAACAAGUCGCCUGCUGAUCUACGACGGCAAACCGCCGGCAGCCACACACAUUGACGGUGCACCGUUACUGGCUCCCGUGGCAUGGGCGAACUUCCGCGACGACAUCCAGAUCAGUGGUUGGGCCUACCUUGAGGUCGAAUCGAGCCCAAACGCAACUGAUGAAGUACAGGCGUACGCCGCUGGUGCCCUGGAAGCGUAUUUGACGCGCUAUCUUAUGGAGGCCCAGUGGGAGAACAUGUUCGCCCACUACUGCGACAGCCAGAAGGAGUUCUGCCUGAAACUGUAUGACUUCCUGCAGAAAAACCUCGAUUACUCGCGACUGAAUGAGAAACGGCUGAGAGCCACUGACCCAUACUGGAACAUGGUGCAUCUCCAGAUGCGGCAGCUUCAUGGCCUGAAUGACGCCUUCGAGAACGCCACUCUUGACACGUCGCAGGAACUUACGAAUGUCUCCAGAGCUUUGCUGUUCAGUCUUGUCGGAGAUUUUAUCGACCUCGAAGCAGCAUUGAGGCGCCCCGAGGACUUGUACUCUCUCAGCCUGGUGCCGGCUUGUUCGGCACUGAUCAAAGUGGUCGGUAACAACGAAGAUCUCUACGUGGGCCACGAUGCUUGGUUCCUAUAUAAAAGCAUGCUGAGAAUCCAAAAGAAGUACACAUUUCCCUGGCACUAUCUGUCAGGCAAUACGGAACUAGAAGGUAUCAUUCCUGGUCACACAAUAACCAUGUCCUCUUAUGCCGGAAAGCUGGUCUCGUUGGACGAUUUCUACUUGACAUCAGCUGGACUGGCUGUCACAGAGACAUCGAUUGAUAACAGCAACCCCGACCUGUACCUACUGCUUGAUCCAGAGGUGGCGCCCCUGACGUGGGUGCGUACCAUGGUGGCAACAAGGCUGGCCACAUCAGGGCGGGAGUGGGUUGACCUGUUCGCGAGGGAUAACAGCGGCACGUACAACAACCAGUGGAUGAUUGUCGACUAUAAGUUGUUCAAGCCUGGAACUGCCAUUGUGAACGACACCUUGUGGAUCCUCGAACAAAUGCCUGGCAUAACACGACAGCAUGACGUCAGUGACAUUCUUCGUAAGCAAAGCUACUGGCCAAGCUAUAAUGUUGCCUACUUUGAUGACAUCUUCGUGAUAAGUGGGCAAACAGCACUCGUGGAAAAGUAUGGAGACUAUUACAGCUAUGAGAAAACGGCCCGGGCGAAUAUCUUCCGAAGAGACCACGUCAAUGUGACCGACCUAGGCUCUAUGACGUGGCUCAUGAGGUACAAUGAUUACACCAACGACCCCUUCUCACGGUGCAACUGCACUCCACCGUACAACCCUGUCUACGCCAUAUCGUCGCGCUACGACCUGCUUGACCCGAAAGGAGAGUACGACGUUCCCAGAAUGUACCGGCGACCUGUCGGUGGCAUCGAUAUGAAGUUCACCACGUAUGACAAGUUUAAAAGGCUGCAGUUCAUCGCAAUUAGCGGACCUACUGGAUUCCAGGUGCCAGCGUUCGAGUGGAGCACGAGUGGUUUCAACGACAGCCACAUCGGGCAUCCGGAUCGGUGGCAAUUCGAUCCCGUUGAGAAUGUCUGGGGAUCCUGCAUGUAAUUUUUUGGUUGUAGCCAGAACGAAUAAACUGUAGGAGACCAAUGGC